GGACGUGUCUCUCCGUAGAUCUCUCUCUCCGUCUUGUAGAUCCAGCAGCAGCAGCAGCAGCAGCAGCAGCGCGUUCGUGUGUGAAGGUGACUCUGUGCGUGUAUAUAAAUGUAUCUGAGGAACGCGUGUGAUGAACGAGCGAAUUAAUUAAACGAUAAUCAAAACAAAUUACCCACAACGACACAAACAACAUACUCGUACAAGAGUAUCUCUGUGCAAUGCCACGAGCAAUGCAAGAAUAAAACCAUUGAGUAAAACCCACAAGUAAACCCCGAACCAAGUGAACGAACUGCCGCAUCGAAAUCGAAAUCGAACUCGAACCCAGACCCUGAAGGCUUUAUGUUAAAGCUUUCCAGCAAGCCAGCGCCAGCGACAGCCCCCACCAGCACAGCGACGAGCAUGACAGUGACGGGUCUGCGCCAGACGAUGACCAGCCCGACGGUGCCGCCGACCACAGCGCUGGGCAACAGCUCCGGGAGCAGCAGCAGCGGCAGCAGCAGCGGUAGCAACAGCCUGGCCAACUCCCUCACCUCGAUGGGCAGCGUCAGUCCCACGGCCCAUGCGGCCGGACUCCAUCCGCUCUCCAGUCCCACAUCGCCGUCGGCCCUGCUGCUGGCCCACCAGCAGCAUCUCCUGCAGCAUCACCAGCAGCAACAGCAGCAGCAACAGCACCACCAGCAGCAGGCGGCUCUCCAGCUGGCUGCAGUGCAUCCACCGCAUCACCUCCACAAGACCACCUCCCGGCUGAGCAACUUCAGUGUGGCCUCCCUCCUCGCAGACACGCGGCCGCGGACGCCCACCAACCAGGCCAGCGAUGCGCCCACGAAUCUCUCCAGCUCCGCCGCCACCUCGCCCCUCUCCCAAGGCAGUGCAGCGGGAACUCCGCCACCGCAGAUGCCGCCGGCGGGACAGCCCACAGCCACGCAUGCCUUCCAUCCCGCCGCCGUAGCCCACCACGCCCACUUGCUGCACGCCGCCCAUGCGGCAGCAGCCGCCCAUGCCCAGCACCAACACCAGCAGGCGGCGGCAGCGGCGGCGAUGGCGCAACUGCGUCAGGCACAGGCCCAGGCCGAUGCCCGCGCCACAUCCCCACCCGCCUCCACCAGCUCCACGCCCAACUCCACGCCGGUGGCAUCCGCCGCCAGCGGAGCAGGAGCGGGGACAGCGCACCUGGGAAGCUCCACACCCGCCAAGAACGAGCGGCACUCGCCGCUGGGCAGCCACACGGACUCAGAAUUGGAAUACGACGAGGACAUGCUGCACGAGCACGAUGUGGAUCACGACGAGGAGGAGGACUCCAUUGUGGAUAUCGAGGACAUGAAUGCCGAUGACUCGCCGCGCUCCACACCCGACGGCCUGGACAGCAGAAAGUCGCUAGAGUCGCCCCACGGCGGCAAUCCCUCGUCCCAGAUGCAAUCGACCAUCCUCUCGCCGGCGGCUCUGGCCGCCUCCGGACACGUGCCCAUCCGACCGACGCCGUUCAGUGCUCUGGCCGCCGCUGCAGUAGCCUGGGGAGGCAUGGGUGCCGGUGUGCCCUGGCCGGGCGCCCGGCAAAUGCCGCCUUUUGGGCCGCCGGGCCUGUUUCCGGGACAAGGAUUCGGUGGAGAUGCCAAUGAACCGCCUCGGAUCAAGUGCAACCUCCGCAAGCACAAGCCCAACCGGAAGCCUCGCACUCCAUUCACCACACAGCAGCUGCUCUCGCUGGAGAAGAAGUUCCGGGAGAAGCAGUACCUGAGCAUUGCCGAGCGGGCGGAGUUCUCCUCCUCGCUGCGGCUCACCGAGACCCAGGUGAAGAUCUGGUUCCAGAACCGUCGGGCCAAGGCAAAGCGGCUGCAGGAGGCCGAGAUCGAGAAGAUCAAGAUGGCCGCCCUCGGCAGAGGAGCGCCCGGCGCCCAGUGGGCCAUGGCCGGCUACUUCCACCCCAGUCUGAUGCACUUGGGAUAAGUGGCGGCCCAGUUGGUGUACGACCAUGGUCGCCACCAACGCCACCCGAGCCAUAGCCCUCCCCCGAGCAGGCACUCCGAUAACCAAAUAGCUGAGCCACGUCCCGCUGGAACAGGACCAGGUGCAGGACCAGGCGCAGGAGCUGGAGCCUGAGACUGAGCCUGAGAUGUGCGGAAAACCCCCAAAAUUUUGCUGUGAUGUUAGCGCAUUUUAUGUUACGAUACUUCCAAAUGUUGUUUCAAAUGCACCCUGUAAAUACUAUAAGCGGGAGAGAUAGAGAGAUCUAAAGAGAUAGUUAUAGCGAGCUGGUUCCAUACCCAAUCGAACAUUGUAUAUACCAAGGCGAAAGCAAGCAGAGAAAUGUUUCCUAAUUGUACAUAAAUCUUAGCACGUAAAUCCCAUCUUGAAUGUUUCGUUAGUUCGUUAAAGGAGAAGCCGCAAAAUUAAUUAACAGAAUCACAAGUAAUUUAUUUGCAAAACUCAAGUCAAUAAGCAUUAAACAAAUGAAGAGAAAGAACGGAACGGAACGGAUCGGAAAGGCAUCAACUAAAAUGAUAUUUGAUUAUAUUGUAAUUUGCAACGUAAGUCAGUCUAGCGAAAGAAUCCGAUGGAUGGAGGGAUGUAUGGAUCGUAUGUAUUUAAAAAAUACCUGUAAGCAUCUACACUAAACUACACUAAUCUAAAGCUCUAACUAUGCCGUUAAAUAUACUUUAAAUAUACCUAAUACCACAGACCUAUACACAUAGUUCAUAAAUGCAUAAUAUUAUAUUAAUACCAUAUAGCGUUAAUCCUCUGUAGUUGUUUAAACAUGAAUCAUAAAAACUUAAAAAAAAGAAAAAAAAAAAUUUCAA